GCCGGCUUCUUAUUGCUAAAAAUUAAUCUCAAUAUCUCGGACUUGCUAAUUCUUGUUGUACUAGCGGUUGGCAAAUUUUUCUGGCUUAUGACUUAUUCCUGGCGUGGUGGCGAUAUCUUGUGCAGGCUGUUCAAUUUCCUAUCAAUGAUCGCCCUCUAUAUUAGCUCAAAUAUUGUUGUUUGCAUUGCAUUCGAUCGCUUUCGCAAUGUACUUGGAGCUGCUCAGAUUAAACGAAGCAGAUCGCUGAGCACAGUGCACAUUAUGAUAACGAUAUCAUGGCUGUUGGCAAUAAUGUGGAGUGUACCACAGCUCUGGGUCUGGAAAACACUGGACGUUUAUCCAGAUUAUCCGGGCGGUUGGGUUCUUGUUUUCUGGGGGCCGUUGUUGUUGCUCGUUAUUAGUUAUGCAUUUAUUGCUAUUCGCCUUAUACAGUAUUCCAAGAAGGAUCCAUGCCGAUCGGUAAGUUCUGUUAUUUUUCGGUGA